GAGCUUAAGGAUUUUCUGAAGGAUUUUUCGAAGGCUUUCUGAUGCUACUGUAAAUGUAGUAUAUUCUCAAUUUAAAACUGUUAAAUUUUUGUUUAUUUUUGGCUAUUUAGCCAUGCAAGGCAAUAAGUACGAGCGAGAUGCAAAUAGCCAAACAAAUUAACGUGUAUUAUCCGCAAUAGUUGUGUUGCCGGAUCAUGCGUGGAGAGAGCUGCCAGACUACAUACAGUCAACAUAAAAUAUGUUGACAAUCCUGAACAGAACAGCUGAUAAGCUUACUGCAUUUUCUGGGGCGGCGUUUAUUUACAUUUUAUGUGGAAUUUCUGUGUUUAUUAAGGAGCCAAUACUGACGCGUAGCCAUAAAUAAGUGGUACGCGAGUUUCAAGUGGAGUGAUAGUGUGUGUCCAUCUAAAGGGCAAGCUUAAGGCAGAGUUAGUUAAAAAGUGAUUGGGAGGGGGGUUCAAAACAAUGACGAUUGAUGUCACAACGCUGCCGUCAGAGCUACUCGUAGUCCCGCAUCCGUUGAUUGGCUUCUGUGGCCUGGAUGUGGCGCGUCAGAGUGUACACAAGACCAUUUGGGAUGCGUUCAGCGGUAGCCUGCAACGUAAGCCAGCGGACAGGGAGCGAGAUCGAGCGGCCGUGCAAUACAAACUACUGCCAGCAAACUAUGAGUUCCCAGUAGCCAAGCCGAAGCGAACCUCCUACGAGUGGUAUCACCCCAAAGGCAUACUCAAGCGCAAUUGGAUGUUGAAGCACCUGCAUGUGCUCCCAUCAGUGGUGGUGCUCUUCCAGGACAUUGAAUGGAACGACAGCCAGUGGACAGAGAAGCAAGUGCAAUGUGCAGCCAUAGUGCAGGCGCUUAAAAAUGCGCUGCAGGAGCGCAAUACGCGGCUGUGCUUAGUGCUGUUGCAGAAGUCGGCACCUCUACCUCCUGGUGAGGAUAUGCUUGCAGCGGAACGUGCUGCCAGCUUGACCUCAGCCUGUGGCAUAACUAGCAAAAUGUUGUUCAUACUGCCGCACACGGAACACCUCAUGGGCUAUACACUGCGCUUGGAGUCUGCGUUCCUUGACAUGGCACAGUCCUACUACGCACUCAUGUCCAAGCGCAUACGCACGCAUCGUGAUCAACUGACGGCGGCACAUACGACGCUCAAGAUACGCCAUCAGUUCAAGCUAGGCUUUGUUGCCGAAAUGCGACAGGACUUUAGCACGGCACAAAAGCACUAUUUUCAGGCUUACUCUAAUAACCUGGAUGAGAUACGUAUUAAUGAUGCCAACUGCUUGGAGAUCAAAACUGUUGCUGGCUUUCUCAACUACAAGCUAUGUCGGCUGAUGUUUAAGCUCAAGACACCGCGAGAUGCAAUCAAACAGUUUAUUAUACACAUAGAAAAGUUCAAGACGCGUGUGGGUUUCAAGGAUCUAGCCUUUGAGCAUCAUGCCUGGCUUAGCACGCAACACGCCGUCUUUGGGGAACUCUUUUAUGAAGCUAUAAAGAACGGCUUACCUGCGCUGCAAACUCAGCAUCCUGGCAUUUAUUUCCAGAAGGCAGCAGAGUACGUAAUUAAGCGGCGACAGGCGGCCAAGGAGUCCUACGAAACACAGCUGAGUGCAAAUAAUGGCGCUAAUGCGGAGUCAACAGCCGCCAACUUGUAUACGGAGUUCUUUGGAGUACGCGCAGUCAAAACAGGCGAUCCUCUGGCCGAGCAGCAGGCAAAUAUGCUGCUCAGCGAGCUGGAGCGCAACUUCAAUUACUCUGCGAGCAUUAUAGCACUGCUGGGCCAGGCUAUGGCGCAGUUUAAGAUUUACAAGUGUCUAAGGUUUCGCAAAAAGCUGGCCAUAGAUAUGGCCGAGGAGUAUCUGCAAAGUGGCGAUCAUGCCAAGGCUCUAACUUUAUACUCGCUUAUGCUGCCAGACUAUCGCCAGGAGCAAUGGUCGACUAUUUUUAGCGAUGUGCUGCUUAAGACAUUACGCUGUGCGCUGCUCUCCGCUUCCGUGGCCGACUACAUAGCCUGCAGCAUUGAAGCGCUGGCGCUGCGUCAUCAGGGCGAACAAAAGGAGCGUGUGCUGUUGCUGGAGAAUCUCUGGCAAGUGUUCCAGUGUGUGCCGCCGUUGCCAAAGGCGCAGCUGACGCCCGAAGUGCAAGCGCUUUGGAGUAGCUCGCUGGCCAGCGUCAAGUCGCCCAUACCAAUCGACUUGGACAAGAUUAAUGGCGUGCUACAGCUAUGCGCUAGCUUUCAACAGCUGCAGGUGAACAACAAUGAUGUAUUGCAGCUGCAACUUAUAGUGCGCGUGCUAACAGAUGUGCCGCUGCGCAUACGCGGCUUUCAAGUGUUACUCGCUGACGUGGCUAAUCCGCAACAGACCUACAAGCUGGAGGCGCUGAAGUACACCUGCUUUGCUAAUCUGCUGGAGCUGCGCAAGCAGCAACAACAAACACAACCGCAGCAGCAACAGCUUCAGCUUUACGAAAAGAACAUGCGCUUGGAGCCGGACUGCUAUUAUCAACUGUUCUGCAGCACAGAAGCUUCGCAGUUCAAUGAGAACACGCAGCUUAGCAUUAUGCGCCUGGAGGCGCUUAUGGGCACGGAUCAAUUGGGCGCAGUGCUCAGCUGCAGCGCCAACUUUGCACGCUCGCCGUUUCGCCAUCACACGCGCACUCGCGAUCUGGACGACAAUCUGUCGAUAAAUCCCAUUUGCUAUAUUGCGCCCACCUUCCAUUUGAGCACGCAAACGAACCUUGGCCAUGGCGUGCCGGACACAGCAACUACAACUACAACAACAACAACGAUGCUGGUCAACGAGUACUACCCGGUAGUGACCACCAUUAGCAAUAUGUACAAUGUUUAUCUGCAGAACGUCUGUGUGCACAUCAGUGUGCCCAUGGAGCUCAGAAAUAGCGUUUUCCUGACCACAGACGUAACAUCAGGCCGUCAAAAGCUGCACUCCCAAAUCCAAAUCGACGUGGGCGAGCUGUCGGCGCAGAGCAGCAACAAUGCCACCUACUACAUCUUCAGCUUGCUGGAGACGGAAAUCAAGCUGCAGCAGCGUCUUAGCUAUACGCUUGAUGUGGAGCGCAGUGCGGCAACGGCCAACGCCAGCGUUUUGGAGUCAAACAGCGCCGAGACUACGCCGGAGCAUGUGAAGCCAGUGCUGGGCAGCAGUCUAGCGGCUAUAUCGCCAGUGCAGAUCGAGUAUCUGGACGAGACGCGUGUGCGCAAAUCGCGCGAGGAUAGCCUGACGCUCAGCUGUGCCGGCGACUUUAAGUUUCAGGCCAGAUUCUAUACGCUGAAUCGUCGGCCCUUAAGUCAAAUUUAUCGUGGUGAGAAUUUUCUGCUGCGCGCCAACAUGGAGGUGCUGGCCAAGGAGCAACUAGAGAUACUCGACAGUUACUUUAUAUGUGAUCACAAUCUGGUGCAAUCCAACUACAGCUUCAAGCGCAAAAAGUACAGCAAUAAAUAUUGCGCUGGCGAUCAGCUGGAGAAUGUUAUAGUGCUGCGCACAAAUGCCACGUUGCAGGAUUGGCUGACGCCACGUGAUAUGGAGCGCACCAAGCUUAAUGAUAACAAAUUUAUUAGUCGCCUCACUCCAGCGCCGCCCGCUGUGUUAGAGUCUAUUAGCCCUGCACCCAAUGCCAACAAAGCGCAGGCAACCAAGCUGCCCAAUACGUUAACCAUUAUCAACAAUAAUAACUUGAUGAGCAGUUCGCUGCAGUCAGAGGACGGCAAGCUAGAGGAGUCUAAUAACGCUUUGGAUGCGCCCAAGAGCAUGCGCGUUGUCUUUAACAAAGCGCUGGAGGCGGUGCAGGCCACAGGACACUGUCGCGGCUUCAUCAAAGGAGCUUAUACUUUGGCAGCAACAGUCAAUGCCAGCUCUCCCACAUUUGGCGUCUUUUGCAUACGCUGGCGUCGCGCUGGCGUUAAGGACGAAAAUGAAUCCAAGUUUAUUAUUAGCGGCUUGCAUAUAACAGAGCCGCCACUCAAUAUUUACUGCACAAUUGAGGAAAAGAUGUUUGUCAAAAUGCCCAUGGCCUUCAAGGUGGUGCUUAAGAAUCCCACGCCACAUGUGCUGCAUCUCAUUGCCACGCUGGCCAUAAGCAAUACAGAUAAUUUUAUCUGCUCGGGACACAAGCAGGUGCGUAAACUACACUUGGAACAACAUAAUUUGCUUGUUGAUGUUUCUAAACUGCAGGUGGGCUGGCAGGAGCUGCCUGUGCUUACGCUGGAGUACAAUACGAAGGCGGAUCCGCAGAAGAAUGACAGUCAGAACGCGCUGCUCGAUGAGUUGGUGCAACGCGCGCUGCCCAAACGCGUCUUUGUGCUGCCCCCACUCAAGCAGCAGUCCAAGUAGCUGACAUUAUUUCCUGCGUAGUUUAAGUGUUUGAAAGUCUUAAAAGUAACAUACAUAUAUUGUGUUAUAUAAAAUUUAAAAUAAUGCUAGUACGCUUUAUUCCAAUCCAACUCUUUAAAGUUAA